AUGGCAAACGGCUCAAUCUUGUACCCAUUGCUCGUCGUUUGUCUCCUCGUCAGCUCGUCCUUCCAAUCUUUACAUCGACACGAUGGAGAUUCGGAGAUGCCAUUCUUAACACUGGGCAUGGACAAAUCUUUCCAUGGAUGUGAUCAGAACCUUGAACUGAAAGAAGCUUCUUGCAGCAAUAAAGACCUGGACACGGUUCCCCAGAAUCUUUCUGAGGAUACCGAGGUGCUUGACUUAUUUAAGAACAAUAUCACCAAACUCUUGAACUCCUCGUUUGAAGUAUACCCUCUAAUCAACACAUUGGACAUUUCUUAUAACGAUGUAAGAACGAUAGAAUCCGCCACUUUUUACCCCCUCAAGGGCUUAAUGGACCUGGACCUAUCCGCUAACUCGCGUCUUGUGCUUCCAGCUACAGGCGUCUUUAUGAUGUCUUCACGUCUUUCCAUUCUCGUAUUAGCAUCAUUAAACUUGGAGUCGCUCCCCAAUGACAUUCUAAAAUGGAUUCCAAAUCUAGAUGUUGCUGAUCUGACCUCCAACCAGCUUUCCUUUAUCAAUGUAAGUUCUUGUGGAAUGGUCGACAGUGUACUCCUGACUGGUAAUCUACUACAACACCUUACGGCGAGCGAUUUCACCUUUUCGUGCCACACCGUUACUCUAGAUCUUAGAUAUAACCAUAUCCAAUCAGUAGACCCUGGUGUGAUCGCAUCACUACAUGUUCGCUCUCUGUAUCUAGGUGGCUACCCUUUGAGUGACAAAGUGUGGGCGAACAUCAUCCUCGGAAUCUCAAGAUCAGACAUCGAACAGCUUACAAUCCUAGAAGGCUCCAUUGGUGCGUUUCCUAAAGGUUUCUUUGAUCCUCUACGUGACUCAUCCCUCUCUGUUCUAGACUUCUUCAACAACGAACUGCAAAGCCUCCGUCCUUUAGUCUUCUCAAAUUUGACAAAACUCAGAGAACUCAGAUUCAGAUAUAACCAACUCCCCAUAGACGAAAUUCAACCAGAUUUUUUCGAAGGCAUGAAUGCAUUAAAGGUACUGACAAUCCACGACAACCGACUCACAAUUCUUUCCUUGGCCAACAACAGAUUAACGCGCCUUAACCAAAGCACUUUCAAGCCGAUCUUUUCCUCUAUUUCAUCACUUGAUCUAUCAAAGAAUCCAAUUGAUUGUAACUGUGAUCUAAAGUGGCUUAUUGAUUGGUUAAAUGAACAUAUACGCCUGAAAGAAAAGGACAAGACUAUCUGUUCGUCAGCAUCUCUGGAGCCUCUCCGUCAGAAACCCCUGCUUGAUUUUGAACCAAAUGAACUCUGUAUAAUAAACUAUGGUCUAUUCUCUCUGAUUCCCCUCGCCUCCAUUAGCUUGGUUGUAAUCAGCGUGCUGUUGUACCACUACCGAUGGCAGUUGAGGUACAAACUAUUUCUCUUGAAACUGGCCGUACUGGGCUAUAAAGAGAUGCGAGACGCUCGAGAUCACAAUGACUACGAGUUUGACGUGACCAUCAUUUUCUACGACGAUGACGAAGAAUGGAUUCGCGAACAGCUCAGACCGGCCCUCGAAGAACGGCUUCCACAGUUUCAGAGGAACGUCUUCGGUGACGAAGACCUUGUAUUGGGUAUGCAUUACUUAGAUUCUGUCGAUUACGUGGUGAGCCAUAGUUACAAGACCAUCAUAGUGCUUAGCAGAGCUGCUGUGCGCGACCACUGGUUCAUACUCAAGUUCCGUACGACCAUGGACCACGUGAGUGACACUUUGACUGAAUUCGUAGUCGUGGUUUUCCUCGAAGACAUCCCAGAUGAUGAAAUGCCAUUCUUGGCGAGGUUGUAUCUCAGUGAUGGCAGACCCUAUAUUCACUGGACUGAGAACGUAAUAGGACAACAAUAUUUCUGGGUUGAAUUGACCAAAAAUCUUACCAUUAAUCUAAGGACGAAUGACUUGAUCCCAAACGAGUAG